AAACAGCCUGACCACACUGCUCCCGUCGACAUGCCGCCCCCUGUGACCUCGCCUGUCGUCCCCUCGCCGUCAAAGUUUCCUAUCUAUGUCGUCUUCUUCCGUGCUCUCGUCCGCGCCCGCCUGUCUUGCGGCCAGUUUGACGAAGCCCUCCGUGCCCUCCACUACAUGCUCUCUCUCGGCAUCCACCCCUCCACCCGCGCCUGGAAUCUCCUCCUUUCCUGCUUCAAUUCGGCUGGCUUCGUCGAAGAGGUACCCUUUGUCUACGCUGACCUCAUCCUCGCCUUCGCUAAGCCCGAUGCCUUCACUCACAACGUCCUCCUCCACGCCCUCUGCAAGAUGGGCUCCCUCGACGCCGCCCUCUCAAUCAUCCGCUCCGCUGGAGACGUCGACGUUGUGUCCUAUAACACUCUCAUCUGGGGUUUUUGUGAUCUAGAAUCGCCCGAGUUUGCCGUCGGGUUGCUGUCGGAGAUGCUGAAGAAGGGAUUUCCGCUCGAUUCUUUUAGCUGCAACAUUUUGGCCAAAGGAUUUUGCCGGAGAGGCCUGGUGGAUGUUGCGGCGUCGCUGAUGGAGAUGCUGGUUCGAGGUGAGAUCGUGAGGGAUGUGGUUGGGUUUAAUACCAUGAUCGACGGGUACUGCAAGAUAGGGAAUCUAGACAAGGUUCAAGGUCUUAUCGAGAGUAUGAAGGUGGAGAACGUUUUUCCAGAUAUAGUUACCUGCAACAUUUUGAUCAAACACUUUUGUACAAUUGGAGAUUUUAAUAGGGCUAGGAAAGUGAUUGAAGAGAUUGGGGCGAGUAGUAGCCCAAAUGUGGUGACACACACUACGUUUAUUGGUGAAUAUUGCAAGAGAGGGAAGCUAGAAGAAUCCUUUGUUCUUUAUGAAGAUAUGGUUAGGAGUGGGAUCUUGCCCGACGUUGUCACUUACAACUCACUCAUCAGUGGACUUUGCAACCAGGGUAAGUUGCCGGAGGCCAUUCGGCUCUUUAGAGAGAUGCCGAAGAUGGGAAUUGCUCUGAAUCAUGUUUCAUAUUGUACCCUUAUAGAUGCACUACUUAAAUCAGGCAGCGCAAAGCAAAGUUUUGCAGUCCUUGGUGAGAUGGUUACUCGAGGUGUUGUGAUGGAUAUGGUUUUGUACACUGUCAUCAUGAAUGGGCUAUUUAAGUUGGGAAAGGUUGAUGAAGCAGAAAAAAUGGUUCAGUUGGUUUGCUCCCCUAAUCUCAGCCCUAGUCAUGUUGCAUAUUCAUCUCUGAUUGAUGGGCGCUGCAAGGCAGGAGAUGUCGAGGGAGCUGAAUCUGCAUUCCUGGAGAUGCAUAGGAAAUCACUGAAUGUAAAUGUUGUUACAUACUCCUCUAUCAUCAAUGGGUAUAUUAAAAACAAAAUGCUUUCUGAGGCUUUUGAUACUGUGCAGAAGAUGAAGGAAAUAAAUGUUUCUCCUAAUGUUGUAACUUAUGGAACACUUAUAGAUGGCCUAUGCAAGAUUGGAAACCUAGAAGAAGCUUUUCAGAUGUACAAAAAAAUGACAGAGGAAGGUCUGGUAAUAAACAAAUUUGUGGUUGAUUCAUUGGUCAAUGGAUUAAGGAAGAAUGGAAAAAUGGCGGAGGCAGAAAGUCUUUUUAAAGAGAUGGAACAGAAAGGUGUAGUGAUGGACUGUGCUAAUUACACCUCUUUGAUGGAUGGACUCUUUAAAGUUGGGAAUGGAUCUGCUGCGUUGACUGUUGGCCAGGAAAUGACACAAAAAAAUCUUGCACCAGAUGUUGUCAUGUAUAAUGUAUUUAUAAAUCAUCUUUGCAUGCUUGGGAAGUUUGAAGAAGCAAAAUCUUCUCUCACUGAGAUGAAAAAUAUGGGACUAACUCCGGACAAUGUGACAUACAACACUUUAAUUAACGCACACUCUAAACAAGGAAGAAUAGAUGAGGCUCUCAAACUUGUUCAAGAAAUGAGAACUAUGGGUCUGGUGCCAAAUAUCAUCACAUACAAUGCCUUAAUUAAGGGUUUCAGCAAUGUGGGUGAUAUUACCAGUGCUGUGGAUUUAUUGAUUGAAAUGACUGUUACUGGGUUUUGCCAAAGAUCUUCCUUCAAAAAUGUGUUACAAGCAUGUUCAAAGGGCAAUAGGGCAGAUUUGAUAGUGCAAAUGCAUGAGAAGAUAGGAAAUAGAUUUCUUCUUGAUAUCACACUGUAUAAUAUGAUAAUCCAUGCUUUAUGUACUCUUGGAAUGACAAGGAAAGCUAAUUCUGUUCUGAAUGAGAUGUUGGGAAGAGGGUUGAAAGCUGAUACCAUUACUUUCAAUGCGCUUAUACUGGGAUAUUGCAAGAAUGGCCAUCUAGAUAAAGCAUUUGAUAUGUAUUCCCGGAUGGUUCUUGAAGGCAUAUCACCAAAUGUUGCAACUUUCAACACACUAUUGGGGGGCCUAUCAGCUUCUGGAAGGAUAGAAGAAGCAGAAAAGGUGAUUAAUGAGAUGAAGUCAAGAAAGUUGGCUCCAAAUAAUUUUACCUAUGAUAUACUGGUUACUGCCCAUGCUAAGCAAAGCCACAGUAAAGAUUCAGUAAGGUUAUACUGUGAAAUGGUCACUAAAGGAUUUAUUCCUAAACUUAGCACUUAUAACAUGCUUAUUAAUGACUUUUCCAGGGUUGGAAUGAUGAAUCAGGCUGGAGAAAUGUUAAAUGAAAUGCAUAAAAGAGGCGUUUCUCCCAAUUCCUCAACAUAUGAUAUAUUAAUUGGUGGCUGGUCAAAGCUGUCAAAUGGCUAUGAGCUAAAACGGCUUCUCAAAGAGAUGGCUGAAAAAGGUUUCACUCCUUCGAAAAACACACUAUCUUUAAUCAGUAAAGCCUUUGCAAGACCAGGGAGGAAGUAGAUAGCUCACAAAUUGCUUAGAAUGUUUCUACUGAACAAUGCAAUGGUGUAGUUGGUUAUCCUACUCUGACUACAUCUGGUAACCAACCUAGCAUUCUGGGUGAACAAAGGUGAAAUAAGGAGAAAAAUUCUGAAUCAAGGACUUCAUGGAGUGUCAGUGAUCAAAUAGAGCAGUGAUGCAUGUUCUUGACAGUGUAUGAAAUGGUUUAUUCCAGAAAGACGAAGAAUACAUUUGGAGACUGGCUUUUUUUACUUUAAAGCCUGAAAAGGAUGAGCAAAAUCAUCAUUUGGCAACUUAAUGGUAAAUUGAGGAGCAUAAAUGAACCAAUGCUUGUUUAUUUCUUGUAUGGUCAAAUAAAUCUCCUUAGCAACAGCUUAAGAGCCCAUGCACCCUGAAUUGACCUGUGGUUAGCCAAAAUGGUUAAGUAUCCAUGUUGAUUGUGGACAAUCAAGCUAUAGUUGGCACAACGGAGAAUAUUCCAAAACCAGUAGUAAAAGAGCAGACCAAGCCAAGGAACAAAUUAGGCUUCACACAGAGCAAAGAGCAGUCUCGGCCUGCAGGAUAUAACCAUCUGGUAGUAAAUCUAUCUAUUAAAAACAAACCCUUGGGAGCAAGAACAGCUGUGAGUUGAAGAAAGUUGAAUUUUCUGCAGAUUGCAAGCAAGAUUAGUUCCAUGCAAAUCCUCAGGAGGUUUGAAGAAAAGUUUCUAAAGAUCAACAAGACCUAUAACAAUGCCAGGGGAGCCGUAUUUUCAUCUAGUAAAACCAAAUUACAGCAUAAUGAGUGGCCAGCGUUACAAAUUUCACAAAUAUGUGAUGUAAACCAUACUAUGAAGCCAAUCAAGUAAUUUAUCAAAGGAGCAGUGGCACUAUUAUCUCUUGUAACAACUAACAAGUGUGAUGUACAGCCUUUUUGUAUGGUUCAUUUCUUAUAUAUUGCUUAUGGAGACUUAAAAAUGAUUUACAGAACAAUUUUUCUCUAUUUGCUAUGUCUGUAUCAAUGUAUUUAUACAUGG